AUGGAAUCAAACUCCACGUCUGCUUCUACUUCAUCAAUAGAAGAUUAUACAGGUCACCAUAGUCAUGGAGAUGAAAAAGCAAAUGAUAAACCCUUGAAACGGACAGACUCAGUUCUUGGUUAUGAAGAAGAUUACGACGAUAAUAAUGAAGAAAGCAGGAGGUUGCAUUUGGUGAGGACUAUUACUGCUUUGUCCAAUAAAGACUCCAACACUCAACUAGACUCCCUUUCAAAACACAUAUCCCGACAAAUCACCAACAAAGAUGGAGAGUUUACUAUGAAGAUGGAGGAGUUCAGCCUUCUUCGAAUUUUAUCGAAUUUUGUCUAUUUUGCUAAAAAGCAAGGGUUGGCAAUGAGAUGCAGUGGAAUCUCUUUUCAAGAUCUUUGCGUUUACGGAAAUGACGAAUCGUUUGCCAUUGUACCCACGGUACUUGAUUUACUUAAAGGUCCUAUUGGUGGUAUACAACAAGCAGUAUCGAAAAUGAAGACACCGAAAAAGACAAUAUUGAACCAUUUGAAUGGGUUUGCCAAACCAGGGGAAAUGGUUUUGGUGUUGGGUAGACCAGGUGCUGGGUGUACAACCUUUUUAAAGUCCUUGACGGGCACCGAUUUCGACUUGUAUAAGGGCGUUGAAGGAGACAUUAGAUACGAUGGUUUGACUCAACAAGAAAUGCUUAACAACUACAAAAACGACUUGGUUUACAACCCUGAGUUGGACGUUCACUUCCCACACUUGACGGUGGAUCAAACAUUGUCAUUUGCCAUUGGUUGCAAAACCCCAAAGAUGAGGUUGAAUGGAGUGUCAAGAGAACAGUUUGUUAACGCCAAAAAGGAACUUUUAGCAACUGUAUUUGGUUUGAGGCAUGCAUAUCAUACCAAAGUUGGUAACGAUUUUGUUCGCGGUGUAUCUGGUGGAGAGAGAAAAAGAGUGUCAAUAGCGGAAGCUUUGGCAUGUAAUGGAUCAAUAUAUUGUUGGGAUAAUGCCACCAGGGGAUUGGACGCAUCUACGGCUUUAGAAUUUGCCCGUGCUAUACGAACCUCGACUGACAUUUUGAGAACCACUGCUUUUGUCUCGAUUUACCAAGCUGGAGAGAAUAUUUACGAAUGUUUUGACAAGGUAACUGUUCUUUACCACGGAAGACAAAUCUACUUUGGAUCUGCCAGGACAGCAAAGAAAUAUUUUGAAGAUAUGGGAUGGGAGUGUCCACCAAGACAAACGACCGCUGAGUUUUUAACCGCUCUUACGGACCCCAUAGGAAGAUUUGCCAAACCAGGAUGGGAAAACAAAGUACCUCAAACGGCAGAGGAGUUUGAGGCUUACUGGUUGAGAUCCAAUGAGUAUAAACUGUUGCUCAAGGAGAUUCUGGACUACAAUAACUCGAUAGAUGCUGAUGAAACGAGACAAAUGUACUACAAGUCAAUUCAACAGGAAAAAAUGAAGGGGGCCAGAAAAAAAUCUCCUUACACCAUUUCUUACUUGCACCAAUUGAAGUUAUGUUCUAUAAGGAGUGCACAGCAAAUUUGGGGUGACAAGGCGUACACCAUUACCCUUAUUGGAGCCGGGGUUAGUCAAGCGUUUGUUGCCGGCUCGUUGUACUACAACACACCCGAGACAGUUAUUGGUGCAUUUUCACGUGGUGGAGUUGUAUUUUUCGCCGUGUUGUUUAUGGCAUUGAUGGGGUUGGCUGAAAUUUCGGCUUCGUUUAGCAGUCGUCCAAUCUUGAUGAAGCAAAAGAAUUAUUCAAUGUAUCAUCCUUCAGCCGAUGCCCUUUCCAAUUUUGUCACUUCAAUCCCCAUCAGUAUUCUUGUCAAUAUAUUCUUUGUCAUUAUUUUGUACUUUUUGUCCAACUUGGCUAGGGAACCGGGAAAGUUUUUCAUUUGCUUCUUGUUUGUUAUUUUACUCCAUUUGACCAUGGGAGCAUUAUUCAAAGCUGUGGCUUCUAUAAACAAGUCAGUCGCUGGUGCGAAUGCAUUGGGAGGUGUGUUGAUGAUGGCAUCUUUAAUGUAUUCAUCAUAUAUGAUCCAGCGUCCUUCUAUGCACCCUUGGUUUAAAUGGAUUUCAUACAUCAAUCCCGUGUUGUACGCAUUCGAGGCAAUCGUUGCAUCUGAAUUCCAUGGAAGACAUAUGCAGUGUAUGGGCCAGUACCUCACGCCAAAUGGUCCCGGUUAUGAAAACUUGGAUAGUGGUGAGCAAGCUUGCGCAUUUCUUGGGUCCAAGGCUGGUCAAGACUGGAUUUUGGGAGACGAUUAUUUGAAAACUGCAUACACAUAUAGCUUUACCCACGUGUGGAGAAACUUUGGAAUCAUGAUUGGAUUUAUGGCAUUUUUUUUAACUAUCAAUGCGUUGGGAACUGAAUAUAUCAAACCCAUAACUGGUGGUGGAGAUAAACUUCUAUACUUGAGAGGCAAAAUACCCAACAAGAUUGCUUUACCGGCAGAAAAACAAGCUGGUGACAUAGAAGAGGGCCCAGCUAUGAAUGAUUUAGAUGAUAGAGAGGUUAAAGUCAAUGCAAAUGAUUCGGACUUGAGAGUCAAGGAUAUUUUCCUUUGGAAGAAUGUGGAUUAUGUCAUUCCUUAUGAUGGACAAGAAAGAAAGCUUUUGGAUGACGUAAGUGGUUAUUGCAUACCAGGAACAUUGACGGCUUUAAUGGGGGAAUCGGGUGCUGGAAAAACAACCUUGUUGAAUACCUUGGCCCAAAGAAUUGACUUUGGAACUAUUACUGGUGAUAUGUUGGUUAAUGGUAAACCUCUUGAUACUUCAUUCAGUAGAAGAACCGGAUAUGUUCAGCAACAGGAUAUUCACGUUUCCGAAGUAACAGUUAGAGAGUCAUUGCAGUUUGCUGCUAGACUAAGAAGAUCAAAUGAUGUGAGCGAUGAAGAAAAAUUGGACUACGUUGAAAAGAUUAUUGAUGUUUUGGAUAUGAGUCUUUAUGCAGACGCAGUGGUGGGAAGAUCGGGAAACGGGCUCAAUGUUGAACAAAGAAAAAAACUUUCAAUUGGGGUCGAAUUAGUUGCCAAGCCAUCGUUAUUAUUAUUCCUUGAUGAACCUACGUCUGGUUUGGAUUCACAAUCAGCAUGGGCAAUUGUCAAGUUGUUGAGAGAUUUGGCCAACGCUGGUCAAUCCAUACUAUGCACCAUCCAUCAACCUUCCGCUACGUUAUUUGAAGAAUUCGACAGGUUGUUGCUUUUGAGAAAGGGAGGACAAACAGUUUAUUUUGGAGAGAUUGGUGACAAGUCUACAACAAUACUCGACUACUUUGAGAGGAAUGGAGCUAGACACUGUGACGAGACAGAAAACCCAGCAGAGUACAUAUUAGAGGCUAUUGGUGCUGGUGCAACUGCUACAAUCGAAGAGGAUUGGUUUGAAAUCUGGCAAAACUCCUCCGAAAAGACAAGCGAAGAUGAAAAAUUGGACAAUUUGAUCAAAGAGUUGGAAAAGAAACCUUCCGACUUAAGCCCAGAGGAGGAGAAACAGUUGCACCACAAGUAUGCUACUUCAUUAUUUUACCAGUUUAGAUAUGUCUUGCAUAGAAAUGCCUUGACGUUUUUCCGUGAUCCUGAUUACGUUAUGGCAAAGAUCUUUUUGAUGACAAUAGCCGGUUUGUUCAUUGGAUUUACAUUUUUUGGAUUAAAACACACAAAGACCGGAGCCCAAAAUGGUAUGUUUUGUUCAUUUUUGACUGUGGUUGUCUCGGCUCCUGUCAUUAAUCAAAUACAAGAAAAGGCUAUCAAUGGUAGGGAUUUGUUUGAGGUUCGAGAAAAGUUGUCAAAUACUUAUCAUUGGUCAUUAAUGAUUUUGUGUCAAGCAAUCAAUGAAAUGCCGUACUUGUUGAUUGGAGGUGCAAUUAUGUUUGUUUCUGUUUAUUUCCCGACACAAGCAGCUACCACGGCCUCGCAGUCGGGUAUGUUUUAUUUCACUCAAGGAGUAUUUGUUCAAGGCUUUGCGGUCUCGUUCGGGUUGAUGGUGCUUUAUAUUGCUCCUGAUUUGCAAAGUGCUGCUGUUCUUGUUUCCUUUUUAUACACGUUUAUUGUUGCUUUCUCGGGUAUUGUGCAGCCAGUCUCUUUGAUGCCGGGAUUUUGGACUUUCAUGUACAAGUUGUCACCAUACACAUAUUUCGUGCAAAACUUGGUCUCAUCAUUCUUGCAUCGCCGAAAAAUUAGAUGCAAUGACAAGGAAAUGGCAUUCUUUAAUCCUCCAACAGGGAAAACGUGUGGAGAAUUUGCUGAAGCAUUUGUGCAAAGAUCUGGAGGGUACAUCAAUAACCCGUCUGCCAAUUCAGAUUGCGGAUACUGUUCAUUCACCGAUGCUGAUCAAUACUUGUUAACCAUUGGAGCCAAGUUCUCUUACAGAUGGAGAAACAUUGGGUUUUUCUUUGCCUACAUUAUUUUCAAUUUGAGCUUUUGUAUGUGUCUUUACUACUUGUUGAGGUAUAGCAAGUUCACUAAAAAGGUCAGUGGGUUUAUUGCUGGUUCCAAAAAGAACAAGAAGUAG